GGUCGGGGAAGGGCGCGCGCGCGCGCGCGCGGGGCGGUUGUUGGGGUGGGAGGCCUCGCGCAGGAGACUUCUCCGAGCCCGGGCGUUGCACCAUUACUACCUGGAACGAUCAAAGAACGCAAAGCACAGAUUGGCCUGAUUUGAGCCUCCAUAUGCUAUAAUUUUGCAGAGAAAGAAGGUGAAAUCAUCAGUUCUCAGAAUCCUCCUUUACACUAAUUUGUCAUUUUAAAGCACUUUCCAAAAUGCUAAUUAGCUACCUCAGAAUUUCAAGGUUACCUACAAAGAGAAGAACGUGUAUGGUGCAGAGCUGUGGUGUAAGAUUGGAUCAUUUACCUUGAGGAACUUUAUGGAAUAGUUUCAUGCAGCAAUUAAAUCCAGUAUUCCAGGCACAGCCCUCGUUGAACUGGUUCCUUGGACUUCUGUGGUUUUAACUAAGAGCAGGAUGUCAGCAGUAAGCAGGACUCUGGGUUUGUUGCGUCAGGAUGCCAUGCACAGGUUACUCCCCAUUGCUUGCCAUCUGCAUACAUCCCUCAGCCAAUAUAACUCCAACAGGACGUCCAUUGCCCGCAUUCAGAGGCAGACGUACGGCAGGUCCUACCCCGUGCUCUUGGUCAGGCCUGAUGGAUCUGCUAUUCACAUCCGCUAUAAGGAGCCAAGGCGGAUCAUUACAAUGCCUGUAGACAUCAACACUCUUUCUGAGGCCGAAAGAAGAGCGAGGUUACGGAAACGCGAUCCCAGAAGGCUUAAGAGCAAACAGGAGGAAGUGUUGGAUGAUGAGUUUAAUUUGGACGAUUACAGAAAAUUUUGGAAGAAGAAAUGAGUUUGUUCUGAGGAUCUGUGGAAGUGUAAAGGGAAGAUUUGGCAACCUGGGCCUGCAGAGAAGGAGAUUGUAACUUACUGUUAUAACGAGAAAGUUCAUAGCUGAGUAAAGAUUCUCUCUCUUCUGUG